UUUCUUUUUUUGUUCUCUGGGAACUAUUCUCUAUGCUUUCACUACAACCACAUCUCCCCUGCUAUGUUUGAUUAAAUAGAUUUGGCCUCCCACUCAGCCCCCACUCUUUCUCUCUUUCUCUCUCUCUCUCUGUGUGACCAUGGCCAAUCACUACUCUUUAUGCCUUAUAGGAGCCAUGGAUCGCCUUUGGUUCCACCAAAUUAUUCUUUUCUCAGAACCCAUCUCACUACUUCAAAGUACUGCUAAGCCCAUCUCCGAGUCUCCUGGAUACCCAUCAUCCAGCCUCUCUUCACCACCUUUCCCAGAUGACGAAAUUUCAUCUGCCAUGUCACUUCUUCCAGAUGAAGAAAUCUCCUUGGCCUCAUCUCCAAGCUCCCCAAUGGAUGAAUAUUCCAACAACGAAGAUGAAGGGAUGAUCAUCAGCCAGAAGGGAAGAUCGACAAGAUUGCAUCAUAUCAGGAACAGAAACAGAAACAGAAACAGAAACAGAUCAGAUUCAUCAUCAUCACCAUCACCAUCAACUCAAUCACUCACGUCAAAAAAUCUUAGAAAGACAGGUGGAGUGAGGAGAUUACAAAAAUCCAUGAGCUGCAAGAGCUUGGGGGAGCUGGAGCUUGAAGAAGUUCAAGGGUUCAUGGAUCUGGGCUUCAUAUUCAAGAAAGAAAACUUAAGCCCACGAAUGAUGAGUUUAGUCCCAGGCUUGCAGAGGCUUGGAGUAUGCAAGCACAAAGAAAGCACCAAACUCAAUGAUAUUGACGAAGCAGUGAAAGAUGACGAAACUGAAACUGAACAAGAAGAGAAACAGAAGGGAGCUGUACGGAGGCCAUAUUUAUCGGAGGCAUGGUUUAUAAGAAGAUCCGAUUCGCCACUCUUGAAUCUAAGGAUGUCAACAAGGACAUCUACUGAUGAUGAUGAUAUGAAGAAACAUAUAAGGUUUUGGGCAAGAACUGUUGCAUCAGUGGUUUGCCAGGAAUCUUAGUUGAAAAAACAAUUGGUUUUAUGUUGUACAUAUAAAACGAGGUUGCCAAUGUUCUUUUUCCGCUUCUUAAAACUUUCCUUAAUUACCAAGAGAGAGGAGGGUGUUAAGCGAGCGUAGCCUUCACGGGCGAGCUUGCGCUCGGUUCGUAUAAGUUUGACUUGUUUAUUAAAUGAGGCAUUUUGUAAAUAUAAAUAUUGGUUCGGAUAUUAA